AUGGCCACCAAGGGAGAUCAGACCAUCCUGGUUACUGGAGCCAACAGCUUCAUUGCAGGACACAUCGUCGCCCAAGCUCUAGCCAAGGGCUACAAAGUCUCCGGCACCGUCAGAUCUGAAGAAGCCGCCAACAAGGUCCGUAAGGCCUUUGACAAGUACCAAUCCCAGUUGCGCAUCAGCAUCGUUGCCGAUAUCAAAAAGCCGGAGCUGUAUGAAUCCGCCUUCGCGUCUGCCUCAGCUCCAGUCACUGCAGUCAUCCAUACUGCCUCCCCUUUCACGUUCGCCAUAAAGGAUAACGAGACCGAUCUGCUGAAACCAGCCAUUGAGGGAUCCACUGCUAUACUCAAGGCUGUGAAGCAAUACGGUGGUAGUGUGCGCCAUGUGGUGUCUACUUCAUCCUUUGCUGGCGUGGCAGAUUUGACGCAAGGCCUCCGACCCGGUUACACUUAUACAGACAAGGACUGGGCCCCAUUUACCUACGAAUUUGCCAAAGAUGCGGACAUUGUGCCAGCAUAUGGCGCAUCCAAGGCACUGGCAGAAAAGGCCAUGUGGGAAUUUGUUGAAAAGGAGCAGGUGGCGUUUACAUUGACGACUAUCAACCCUCCCUGGGUGUUUGGACCGCACCAGGGCGGCCCGCCACCUCUGGCUAACCUCAACGUGUCGACGGGUAUGCUGUGGCGCCUCGUUGACAGCCCUGAAGUGCCUCCCCCCGACUUCCUCAGCUGUGCGGAUGUGCGAGAUGUCGCGGCUGCGCACAUAGCCGCCAUAGAGAAGGCGGAUGCCGCCGGCAAACGCUUUCUGAUCGGAAGCAAGUUUACCUAUCAAGACGCAGUUGACAUCGCCAGAGAGACCAUUGUCUCUCUCCGAGACCGGCUGCCAAAGGGAACGCCGGGUGCCGGCAAGGAGCUGGAAACGUAUACGCUUGACAAGACUCAGGUCGAGGGACUGUUGGGUCGUGCUCUGACUCCAGUGGCAACUACGAUCACAGACACGCUCACUCAGCUCCUGGAAGCGAAAUAG